UCUGCAAAUAUUAUCGUAUAUCGUGGAGCUGGACCGAUAUCGGUGUUUAUAUCGCGGUCGUAAACAAUAGCGAUGUUAUCGAUACACGGUAUCGAUUACGUUCGAGAUGCGGUUCCGCGACGAUGGCGUGAGACUCGUGAUUUCGAGGUUAUGUAGCCGCAAAGCGAUAUUGUUGUAUGGUUUCGUGGAAGAACGUGCCGCGAUGUUCGAGCUGGUUUUUUGGUUAUUUAACGGCACGGUAUAAUUGCGUUGAUAUCGAGUUACUUUAAGGUAGUGUCACGUGUCGUAAUGUGAGCUUGUUCGAUUUGUCAACCGGUCAGUCGGUCUGCGAUAAAAAGCAUUGGAUUUUUCGGAUUCAGUUUUUGCAAUUGUUCCUAUUAUCCUGCGAAAAUGGACGACCAAGCCUGCCCAAGAUGCAAAACCACCAAAUAUCGGAAUCCAUCCUUGAAAAUGAUGGUGAACGUCUGCGGACACACGUUGUGUGAAAGCUGCGUUGACCUGCUGUUCCUUAAAGGUUCCGGCUCGUGUCCAGAGUGCAAGAUUCCUCUGAGAAGAGCAAACUUUCGUGUGCAGUUGUUCGAGGAUGCGAUGGUGGAGAAAGAGGUGAAUAUAAGGAAGAGGGUUCUGCGAGACUUCAACAAGAGGGAAGAGGACUUUGCGACGUUGAGAGAAUACAACGAUUACUUGGAGGAAAUUGAGACCAUAAUAUAUAAUUUAGCAAAUAACAUCGACGUCUUGGAUACGCAUAAAAAGAUCGAACAGUACAAGAAGGACAAUAAAGAACAGAUUACGAAAAGUAAGUCCAAAAUUGGUAGGCACGAAUAUGAACUGGAAGAGAUGAUAGAGCUAGAAAAGCAAAAGGAAGAAGAGAGACGAAUGGAAAUAGUUAAAGAAGAACUGGAAGCUAAGAAGAAGAAGAUUCGUGAGAAGGAGGCGUUGAUAGACGAACUUACGUUCUCCGAAGGAAAUGCUAAGAAUAUCGUGGAAACAUUCGCUUCUGCUAUUCAAGCAUCCAAGAAGGAAUCGAAAGCAGCCGCUCCCAAGGCUACUCAGUUUAGUACAGGAAUCAAAUUUAGCAACCAAGGAAGUCAGAAUUAUAUAUCUGUGCCAAAGAUCGACGAUGGACCUUUAUACUCUUAUACUCCUAUUCGCCAGUCUACAGAAGGGCCCAUACCGCCUGGCUGGAGAGAACUACAAACGCGUGGUUAUGUGGCUCAUGUUCGGGUAGAAUCUUCGGCUGACAGAGCAGGAGGAUUCAAGGCACACGUCGCGUGUUUAAGAGCUUUACAAGAAGCAAUGGCAGGCUUAUAUCACAAUCCUACGCAACGUCAAACAGAAUAUACAAAUGUAUGACCCUGUAGAUUGUUUUAAUGCCACUGAAACUGUGUCUCUAAUUUGGUACAUAUGCUAAUGCAUACAGGUCGGGUCUUGUAACUACCAUUACAUACAAUUCACAACCGCCGACCAAUUGUCAUACAUGCUAAACAUGCCAAGUUAAUUAAACCCGUGUGAUAUAAUCACAAGUACACAGGUGCACGUGCCUUGUAUAUUUAUAUCUAAUUUUAGUAUUAAAUAUUUUAUAUUACAAUUAGAUUACCAUGUGCAAAUUGAGCGACUGCAGUACCUGGCAACUCAAUGAAUAUGCAUAAGAAAUAUGAUUUUCUUCGUUUUAACGGAAAAUAAAAUUAAUUUUGUUAAACAUAGCGAUAUAUGUUCAUAAUCCUUAUCCUGUAUGUGUUCUCUUAUCUUUAGAAUGAUUGUAACAUUAAAUAUUUAUAAGUUAGAUUAUAGUUUCAAUAUUUACAAGUUUUGUUACAAUGAAAUCGUAAUAUCAUUAAUAAAUUUGAUCUUCAAUAACA